CUUCCCACCCUCCCGUCUCUCUUCCCACACUUUCUUUCCUUUCUUCCCACUCUUCCCCCUCCCACCACCACCCCCCAAAACUGCACAUCUCUCCACCUGUCCUCCCAACCCCCCCUCCUCCAAACGUUCAGAAGUCGCGGUAUUCGCCACCACCCGUUUGUCGCAUCAUGUCGCCCAAGGAGGAUUCCAAGGCCAGUGAUGCCACUAUCACUGUCAAUGUAGAUGAUUUCACGCGCACUCGUGAUAAUGUCAUCGCCAGCCUCGCGCAACUGGCCAAAGCGGUCACCACCGUGCAGGAAGCUUACAUCAACCAUGCCAACACUGUCCUGGGCCGGGAUCCCGUUCCUCUGCUUGACCUGAGCCACCUCACCAGCGGCAUUACCGGCGCUCUCUAUGGCUCUGGUGCUCGCGGCACGAGCCCUGGCGCGAACGCGGACACGGAUGGGAAGAAGAAGCGCAAGCGCGCUCCUCCGGACCCGAACGCUCCCAAGCGCGCCCUGACCCCCUUCUUCCUCUACAUGCAACACAACCGCUCCGUCAUCGCUAAGGACUUGGGUCCCAACGCGAAGCCUAAGGAGGUCUCGGACGAGGGUACCCGCCGCUGGGCCGAGAUGGAAGAAUCCGAGAAGGAGAUCUGGAAGAAACUUUACGCGGAUAACCUGGCUGAGUACAGGAAAAAGGUAGUGGCGUACAAGGCUGGACUGCCCUAUGAGGAUGACCUCAAGGCUGAAAACCAGCUGCACCAAGGCAUGGAGACCGGUGAGCCCUCGGAUGAGUCGGAAGAGGAGGAAGAGGAGGAGGAAGGGGAAGAGGAAGAGGAAGAAGAGUCCUCGCCGGAGCCUGUUCGGGAGCCCACUCCGCCGCGCAGCGGUAAGCGCCGCCGCAGCGAAGGCAAGCCUUCUCUGACCAAGGAGACCGCGACCCCCAGCGCCAAGAAGGAGUCUCCCGAGAAGAAGAAGCGUACCUCUGCCCGGAAAGAGAAGGAGACGCAAGAUGAGCAACCCCCCGCCUCGGCUCGCAAGACCGCGAGCGCAGAAGCUAAGCGCACCAAGAAGAAGCGCAAGAGCGAGGUUGGUAAUGAGGAGUAAAUUCGGUCCCGAGGGAUCUGUUUAUAUCGGGACGAUGACCAUGUAUAUGGGAUGAGAUGUUUGAUCUGAAUGCUGCAUGUAGCAUAUGGGGAUUGGAUCUAUUUCUGGAUUGAUGCGCUCUCUUAUGGAAUGCUGUUGCUGAUGCUGUUGCUGUUGCUGAUGCUGUUGCUGUUGCUGUUGCUGUUGCUGCUGGGUUUGUUUUGCGGGCCUGAUGUCAACGGAGUCUGCGGAUUGACGGGUGGGGUUAUUAGUGGGUGUGUUUGUCUUUUUCUUUCCCUUUCAGUUUGAAUCAUAUUUUUUUACUUCCUGAAA